AUGGAUGCGCUGCCGUACGUGGACACCCUGGUGAAGGAAUACCUCGCUUUCCGCGGCUUCACGCGCGCCCUCGCUUCGUUCAAUGCAGAGCUGGCGUCCGACAGCGGCUGCGGGCUGCAGGCGGAGGCGCUGGUGGGGCUCGUGUUUGGGCAGCUGCUGCCCUCACUGGACACGGCCGGCCUGAUCGACCUGCUCGACUUCCUGCAGACCACGCUGUACUCGCGCCUUGACGCGCGCCACGACGCGACAGUGCGCUGCGUCGAGGCGGCGCUGCUGCGCGCGCUGCUGGUCACGGCGGUGCGGCAGCGGCGCCCCGACAAGGUGUCUGAUUUCUUCCAGGAGUAUGGGGCCGGCCUGAUGCGCGGCCCCGAGGCGGAGGCGUGGGCGCCCUGGUUCGCCCUGGCCUACCUGCCAUCCCCUGAGAAGCACCCUGCCUUCCAGGUGUACUUCACGCCCGAGUGGAUGGCCACCCUGGCCCAGAGCCUCCGAAACUUCCUGUCGGAGGUUUUGCGCUGCGCGCCGCUCCCCGCGCUGCUGCGCUUCGACGCUGACCGGGCGGCACGGCUGGCGCUGCAGCAGCGCGCCGACGCGCUCGCGGCUGAGCUGGCGGCGGCGCGCACGCAGCUGGCGGAGGCGGCGCGGUGGCGGCGCGAGCGCGAGCAGGAGGCGGCGGCGGCGGCAGCGGCGAUAUCAGCGCAGCAGCAGCAACAGCAGCAGCAGCAGCAGCAGCAGCAGCAGCAGCAGCAGCAGCAGCAGCGAACCGGCGGCGACACUGACCACCAGGCAGCUGCGCAGUUUGCGUUUGCAGCCCCCGCGGCGCCCGCCCAGGCGCCGCCUUCCAGGCCGGUGGACGUGCCGUCGAGGCCGCUCGUCCCGGGCAGCAACGGCCCCGCAUUUGAGGGCACCCGGGACGCGCAGGCGCCCGCGGCCGCAGCGGACGCCCCCGGCGGCGGCCGCCGCGGCGGCUCGGCGAGUGGCAGUGGCGGCGGCGACGGGGCGCGGGGCCGGCACGUGCGGGCGCCGAGCAUCACGCUGGAUGCAGGGGCCGCGAUCGCCCAGCCGAGCACGGACGGGCUGGGCGGCGAGCAGCAGCAGCAGCAGCAGCAGCAGCAGGCCCCGCGGCCGGCGCCUGCGCCGCGGUCUUCACCGGGCAGCGCGCUGGCGGGCCUGUUGGCGACGUCGCCCCGCGCGGCGGGGCCGCUCUGGGAGGCAGCCGCCUCGAACACAGGCGGCGGCGGCGGCGGCCUUGGACGAUCCCCUAGCAGCAGCGCCCGCCUUAACCCCGGCGCCCCGCGGCCCACCCGCCGCCCCAGCGACCUCGCCGCAGCGGCGGCCGCGGCGCCGCCCCCGGCGCCGCUGCCGCAGGCGCUGCUGCCGCGCGCCGGCGCGGGUGCAACCGCGGCGGCGACGCACCACAGCCCGUUGGUGGGGGGCGUGAGCUGCCUGGCUUGGUCGCCGCGCGGCGAUAACGUGGCGGCAGGAGGCCGCGAGGGGCUGGUAUCAAUCUGGUCGGCGCCGGAGGCCGGCGCAGGCGCCAACGCGGCGCGACACGCGAGCUUGUCGUGCGGCACCGCGGUGUCGGCGCUCGCAUGGGACGCGAGGGCUGACAAGGUGAUGCUCAUCGGCCUGCACGCCCCCAGCCACGACAGGCCCGGCCCCGUGCGCGUGUGGCACUGCGACACCCGGCGGACGCUCUCGGACGUGGCCGUCGGGCCCCCAGGCUGGGGCGUGACGGCUCUGGCCUGCAGCCCCACGGAGCCGCUCUUCGUCGCCGCGGCCGCGCCGCGCGGCCCCUCCUUCGGCGACGCGCCCCAGCCCUCCCUGCGCCGCGGCGUGUUUGGCGCGUUCAACCUGCGGGCGUCGCGGCGCGUGGGUUCCUACGUUUUGCCUGGAGAGCCAGCUGUGUGCUCCCUCGCUUUCAGCCGCGACGGCGGCCUCUUGGCUGCCGGGACCGAGGAGGGCCAGGCCGCCCUCUUCGACCCGGCCGCGCGGCCGCAGCCGGCGCGCGUCUGGGCGGCCUCCGCGCUGCCCCGGCGCGGGCCGGCUGCGGGCGGCGGCGCCGCGGUGCUGUUCCGGCCCGGCGGCGCCGGCGGCGCGGGCGCGGGGCCAGACGGGGGCCUGCUGACUUUAAGGGGGGGCUGCGUGCAGGAGUGGUCGCUUUCAAACCUGCGGGCCCCGGCGGCGACGGUAGACGUCGCGGCGGCCGCGGCGGCGGUGGUCGCGUCCGCGGCGGCCGCGGCCGGCGGCGCGCGGGGUUCGCCCGGGUUCAUGGCCGCGGCGAUGAUGGCUGAUGACGGCACCGGCGAGUCGGAGGCCGAUGGGGACGCGGACUUGGGGGGCCCGCACUUUGCGGACCCUGGAUCAGGGUCCGACGACGGCCGGGACGACGCGGCGAGCGGGGGCGGUGUCAGCCUGGGAGCAGGGGGCAUCAGCAGGCGGAGCGGCGGCGGCGGCGGCGCGACGGGGGCCCUAGAGGGUGACGAGGGCGGUUGGAGCUUCAGUUUUGCUGUGGAUCCCGCUGGCUGCCGUGUGGCGGUCGCGUGCGGGCGGGGGGGCGGCGGCAGCGGCGGCGGCGGGGCCCCGGGCGGGGGCGCAGUAGGGGGCGACGGGUGUGUCUUGCUGUAUGACAUAUCGGGGGGCAUCUGGAGGCCGCCGGAGGUGCUGCUCGUGUCGCCGCUGCUUGCAGGCGCAUGUCCUGUCGGGUGGCACCCGUCGGCGGCGGCGCUGGUGUGCGGCGGCGGCGAGGGGGGCGGCGCGCUGCUGACGCUGAGGCUGGGGGCGCACUGA